AUAUUUUUGGCCGGCAGCCACCUUCCUAUGCCAUUGUCCGCUAGAGAUGCAUUAAAUGUGCUGUUAAUUCAACAACAGUUUCUGCCGUUGUUGCAAGCUGAUUUUUGUCGUCAGGAACAGGAACAUUCCGCUCCCUGCACUAACCGUCGCUGUCGAACCAUGCGAAACGUCCUCCGGCAUAUUCACACGUGCACCGAAGGAAUGAAUUGUCGUGGACCCCACUGUGCUUCUUCUCGACGGAUUUUAUCCCAUUGGAAAAAUUGUGCCAGCCGCGAAUGCCCUGUAUGCGAGUCAAUAAGAAGAGUACAUUCAAGUGCUCAUCACUUAGGCAGACUGAUUCAGAUGCUAGUAAACUAUCUCUGGCGAAUGCGGUGA